GCUCUGCCAAAAAAGGCAGUGCAGCCCAUUCCCUUGUGGCAGGCGUGUUUCACUCCUCCUCUUCUGGUGAAACUAACGCUUGUGUAGUUGCACAAUAAAGUCGAUCAAGGAAAUGAUCUCUGAAAGUUUUUAUACCCCUUUCUCCCCCCAUAGUUUUCAGCCAGAUCGCUUCCUUCUGCCAGCUUGCUGUGCAGCCCUAGUACUAACAUAAGAAUGAUGAAUAAAUUUGCAGCAGGGAUAGUGGAGAUCUCUUUUGGAAACUGCAGUUUUACAUCAGCAUAGUUUAUGUAAAAAGUCAUCCUAAAUGUCAGUUCUUCCCACCAGUGGAGAGAUACAGGGUAUGUUGUAGUUUGAUUUAAUUGAUUUUUUUUUAAAGAAGCAAAAGUAAAAAUAGAAAAAAUCCUAAUUCAUUACAUAUUGUGGAUAGAUAGAAAAUACUCUGUGAUAAAAAGAUUGGAAGAACUAGAAUGUUACACUAUUUCCACAUCCAUCCUUCUAAUGAGUUUAUGUCCAUCAGUGCAGGAUAACACAGCUACCUUGCUCCAUCUAGUGAUUCAGAGUAAACUGGGAACAUGAGACCUAAUUUUUGAGCAUGUACAGAUAUUGUACAGUUUUAGUGGAGUCAGUUAGGUUGUACUGCUUUGUGAACAGAUAGAAAAUUCAGCAUGUGUUGAUUAUUAAAUUGCUGAACUGUCCCUUACUGAUUGACUGCUGUGGUUCCCCUGCUGGAACAAGCAAGUCACAGAGUACUGCAAGUAAACUUGGACGUGUGUGAUGUGGAAGAGAUGUGGCACACUUUGUGUUUUGAAGUACCCUUGGGAACUUAAGGCAAAUACGAAUGUAAUCGGUGUGGUUAUUGGGAAAACAGAUGUCAGAGGCUUUCCAGACAGAAAAAACAUUGGGUCUGAAAGAUACACCUUCGGUUUCACUAUUCGUGAUUCACCAGCUUAUUUUAUCAAUGUUAGUUCUUGGGGCAGAGAAGAAUAUAUUAGAUCGCUUUCAGAAAGCUUUAGAGUUGGUGACUGUGUUACAAUUGAAAAUCCUUUAGUCCAGUCAAAGGAAGGAGAAAGGGAAGAAAAAUUCAACCCUGUAACUCCUAGUUGCUACAAAUUACUGCUCAGUGAAAAUCAUUCAGUGGUGAAAACUUCUUCAUGUUACGAAAUGGACACCAAACUACUUUCACUGUUGCACCUACCUGUCAAGGACCCUCAGGAUUAUUAUUCACUGGGUGAUAUUGUUGCAAACGGACAAAGCCUUGAUGGAAGAAUCCUUAAUGUGCUUGCAGCUGUAAUGUCAGUUGGGGAGCCAAAGUAUUUUAUGACUUCAGACAAAAGAAAAGGUCAGAGAUGUGAAGCGAAGCUGUAUGAUGAAACAGAGAUGUCUUUUCCAAUAGUAUGUUGGGAUAAUGAGUCUAUCCAGCUUGCACAAAGUUGGAUCCCACGAAAAACAGUAAUAUUUGCAGCAGAUGUGAGAAUAAAUUUUGACAAAUUUAGGAACUGUAUGACUGCAACUGUGAUAUCAAAGACCAUUAUUACAACUAAUCCAGAAACUGCUGAAGCAAGUGUUCUCUUCAGCUUCAUAAAAGAGAGUGCACAAUCAGGAGCUUUGCAUGAUAAAAUGGAGGAGCAAUCAAAAGAAUCCGUUAACUUGGAGACUAUAGUUAACGUUUAUACUGUGAAGCAGCUGAAAGAAAAAGCUUUACAGAGUGAUGGGAAACUUGAACCAGUCUUUGGCAUUAUUUAUGGCUACAUUUCUACAUUGGACAUUGAUGAUAAUGUAUCUAAAGUUAUUCGGAACAGAUGUUCAAUAUGCCAUUUUGUGGUGAAUGAAAUGUCAAACACAUGCACUUUCUGUGGUGACAUCUCUUCAAAUUCAGAGUCAACUUUUGCAAGCUUUGACAUCCUCGUUAAUCUGACAGACCAUACAGGCACUCUUUACUCUUGUUACCUGUCUGACUGCGUAGCUGAGGAAACAUUAGGCUGCACUGUUCAUGAGUUCCUCACCCUAACAGAAGAGAAGAAGACUGCGUUGAAAUGGCAACUUCUUCUGGAGCGAAGCAAGAUUUAUUUUAAAAUCACUUUGUCACCCAGUUGGAGGACUGGUCUGAAGGUGAAUAUACUUUCAUGCAAACUGGCAGACCCUACAGAGGCAAGUCAGAGCUUGUUGGGAAAAAGAAAGAGAUGAAACCAUGUGGACUGAUAACAGCUGGGAAGAGACCAUUUCCUCACUACGUUAUUAGACGUAGAAGGUUGUUGUUGUGUUUUGCUAAGUAUGUUCUGAUGGUAGAGAAGGAAUAUGCAUUACUAAUUGUUUUAAGUGGUCUUCUGUGGUGAUAUUUUUUUCGAGUGUUUGUACUUUGAAAAGUUGACUAAGUCCUUGGCCUAAGAAAAGUUAGUUCUGCUGAAUUCGUCCCUUUGGGGGUGGGAAGUAGAAGCUUUCUUCACUCAGUUUAGAAAACGCUUGAAAAAAACAGAAAUAACAAUCAUACAAGACAAAUCUCUUGAGCUUUGUUUAACUGCUAUGCUACUUUUGUGUUCCUUCUGUGUUGUUUCAAUAAAUAAAUAAAUAAAGUAUA